GGGCCGGGCCGGGCCGGGCCGCGGGGCGCGGCGAUGCUGGCGCUGCUGGCGCUGCCGAGGGCGCUGGGCCGCUGCCUGGCGGGGUCGGGCCGCGGCGGGGCCGCGCUCCUGAGCGGCGGCGGGGGCAGCGUUUGCAGUCCCUUUGUUCAGACAGCCAGAUGUUACGCCAGACCUGUGAGAAGAAGGAAGAAAGACAUCCCCAGCCAUUUGGAUGAUCUCCCUCCCACUAUGCUGAAGAAAGACUAUGCUAAUGUCCCCAUAAUAGAUAGUGUUGAUGAUGUAGUGAAAAGAUUGUUGUCACUGGAAAUGGCAAGCCAGAGGGAGAAGAUGAAAGUAAAGACACAGCAGCUGGUGGAGAAGGUCAGGAGGUCUCCCAAUGACAAUGGUUCCUUUGAGGUGCAAGUUGCUAUUUUGACUGCCAAGAUUCGCACUUAUGAGGAGCAUCUUCAGAGGCAUCCCAAGGAUAAGAACAACCGGCGCCGGAUGCUGAUGGACAUGGAUCGCCGCAAGAAGCUCCUGGCCUACCUGCGCCGCGUGCGCUACGAGGCCUUCGAGAACACCUGCAGGCAGCUGAACAUCCAGUACAUCCCAUCCCCUCCCUACAGCCGCCGGGCCACCAAGCGCUGGCUGGUGAAGAAGGCUUUCUGCAUCAAGGUUUUCCAGGAGACGCGGAAGCUGAAGGCGGCCGAGAGGCUGAAGCAGCGACGAGAGUGGCAGGCGAGGGCCCGAGCGGCCAGGGAGCGGGCACAGCGCGAGGGGACGCCCGUGUAGCCGUGGCACAGCAAUAAAGAGCUGCCCGCGGGCCCGCUGUGCUCUGUGCCCGGGGCUGCUGCGAGUCCUUGAA